AUGGCACCCACUAAAAAGAAGUCAGCCAAGACUAGCGACAACAUUAACGCUCGUCUUCAGUUGGUGGUUAAAUCGGGUAGAUACUCUUUGGGAAUCAAACAGGCUCUUAAAAACUUGCGGUCGGGUAAAGCCAAACUCGUCCUCAUUUCGAAGAACUGUCCCCCUCUUCGGAAAUCCGAGAUUGAAUACUACGCCAUGUUGGCCAAAUGCAACGUUCACCACUACGAAGGUUCCAACAUUGACCUCGGUACUGCCGCUGGAAAAUUGUUCCGCGUCGGAGUGAUGGCUAUCCAAGAUGCUGGUGACUCGGACUUGGUCAGUCAUCCUCCAUUCUUCCUCGCAUUCCUCCCCUUGCCCUCAAUCUUUCCACUUUAA